UUGAGGAGUGAGGAGAAUAAAAGGAGAAGGCUGUGGUAGACUAGCACUGAAAUGCAGUGGAUUUUACUUUUUACCCUCUUCUCUUUCAUUUGGGGGAGUCUGGGAGAGACUGAAGACUUGGAUCAUCCUGGCACACUCUCUUGUGGACUAAGGAGUUUUCGGUUUAUGCUCCCUCUUCUAAGUCAGUAUGGAAAGAACCCUGGACUAAUAGCUUGGGACAACAAAGGGAUGCUGCACUCUCUACAUAAUGAUUCAAUUUGUGGGACCUGGAUCACCUACAGCUCACUUGAGUCCAUCCAGCUUGAAGCUUCCUAUUCCGGUUGUUAUGUUACCGAAUGGGAUACCUAUUAUAUAAUGCCUAUUGGGGUCUCAGGCCUGGAUGCUGAUGGAAGUAAAACUGUUCACAAGGUGACAGUGCUCAAUUGUUCAUUCACUCUUCCAGCCCAAGAUGCUCCAGGUCUCAACCUGUGUGAUGUCACAACUGAGGACAGGUUGUCCUGUGCUGUUCCCUCCAUCACCAAAGGAGACUGUGAGAACCUAGGCUGCUGCUAUCACCCUGAAGAUGAAGUAAAUCCUUGCUACUAUGGAAACACAGUGACUGCCCAGUGUACACCAGAUGGCCAAUUAUCCAUUGCUGUUUCUCAGAACAUGACUCAGCCAUCGUUGCUUUUGGAUUCCAUACAUUUGGUUUCUGGACUAGAUGUUAAAUGUGAUCCCAUGGAAAAAACUAAUGCCUUUGUCCUGUUUCAGUUCCCACUCUCUUCUUGUGGCACCAUUGUACAGAUGAUUGAUAACCAGGCAAUAUAUAAGAAUGAGCUACUGGCAUCUAGGGAUGUGAGAAACUGGACCCAUGGGUCAAUCACUAGGGAUAGCAUCUUCAGGCUUCACAUCAGCUGUAGCUACUCGUUAAAAGGUGACAUUCUCCCAGCUAGUAUCCAAGUCUUCACUCUUCCCCCACCACUUCCUGUUACCAAGCCAGGGCCUCUGGCUCUGGAACUGCAGAUUGCUAAAGAGGAGCACUAUCGUUCCUACUAUGUGGCCACUGACUACCCGGUAACAAAGCUACUUCGGGAACCAAUUCAUGUGGAAGUUCGGAUCCUACAAAGAACAGAUCCGAACCUGGUUCUGCUUCUGCACCAUUGCUGGGCAACCCCAAAUACCAAUCCUCUGCAUCCAAUACGCUGGCCCAUCCUAGUGAAGGGAUGCCCCUAUGAAGGAGAUAACUACUUGACAAAGAUGGUACCCAUGCCAAGAAAUUCAACACUACAGUUUCCUUCUCACUACAAGCGUUUCAUCAUACAUACCUUUGCCUUUGUGGAUUCUGCUUUUAAGAAGGCGCUCAUGGGACCGGUGUAUCUACACUGCAGUGCCUCAGUCUGCCAGCCCUCAGAGUCAGACUCCUGCACAGUAACCUGCCCUGUGGGAACUAGAAAAAGGAGGAGCUCUGAGACCCAUCCUUGGAACAAGUCUUCAAAUGUUUCUAGCCAGGGGCCUAUAUUUUUCCUUCAAGUUGCUGAGAGCUAUCCUCAAUCAGGUCCAGUCUUGGACGUAAGAACACUCUGGCUUACCCUAUCUGGGAUACUAAUUGUGGCAGUCUUGUUGGUAUCCUUCCUAGCACUGAGGAGAGUGAAAUAAGAUUCCAACAAUAAAAAAUACUACUUUGUGGU